AUGGUGACGAUUCUGAGCACGGUGGAGGCCCAGGCUCCCAGCACCCCGGGGCCAUCGGGCUGCGGCCCCGUCCCCAUGGCCGUGCCGGUGGUGGCGGUGCCAGGGCCAGGGGUGGCGGCAGCGCUGCCCAAUGGGGCCCCCCCAGGCCCCGCUGUGGCCGACGACAGCAAAACCAACCUGAUCGUCAACUACCUGCCCCAGAGCAUGAGCCAGGAGGAGCUGCGGAGCCUCUUUGGCAGCCUCGGGGACAUCGAGUCCUGCAAGCUCGUCCGCGACAAGGUCACCGGACAGAGCCUGGGCUAUGGCUUCGUCAACUACGUUGAGGCAGGUGACGCUGACAAGGCCAUCAGCACCCUCAACGGCCUCAAGCUGCAGACCAAGACCAUCAAGGUGUCCUAUGCUCGGCCCAGCUCGGCCUCCAUCCGUGACGCCAACCUCUACGUGAGCGGCCUACCCAAGGCCAUGGGGCAGAAGGAGAUGGAGCAGCUCUUCUCCCAGUAUGGCCGUAUCAUCACCUCCCGCAUCCUCGUCGACCAGGUCACAGGUGUCUCGCGGGGGGUGGGCUUCAUCCGCUUUGACAAGCGCGUGGAGGCAGAGGAGGCCGUCCGGGGGCUGCACGGGCAGAAACCGCUGGGCGCCGCCGAGCCCAUCACCGUCAAGUUCGCCAACAGCCCGGGCCAGAAGUCAGGGGGGGCCCUGCUCAGCCUCUGCCCCAGCGCCCGCCGCUAUGGCGCCCUGCACCACCCCCCCCAGCGCUUCCGGCUCGACAAUUUGCUGAAUGUGGCCUACGGCGUGAAGAGGUUCUCCCCGCUGGCCAUUGAGGCGGUGCCAGGGCUGGCCGGGGUGGGCCUGGGGGCCCCGACCGGCUGGUGCAUCUUCGUCUACAACCUGGCGCCCGAGGCGGAUGAGAGCGUCCUCUGGCAGCUCUUCGGGCCCUUUGGUGCUGUCACCAACGUCAAGGUCAUCCGCGACUUUGCCACCAACAAGUGCAAGGGCUUUGGCUUUGUCACCAUGACUAACUACGAGGAGGCAGCCAUGGCCAUUGCCAGCCUCAAUGGCUACCGCCUGGGCGACCGUGUACUCCAAGUCUCCUUCAAGACCAGCAAACAGCACAAGGCCUGA